AUGGAAAGUGUUCGUCGUAGUUUUGGUUAUCCGAAUGGUAUUGAGGUAGUAGCAGCGGGCCGAAGUGGAGGAAUGUGUUUCGGCUGGAAAACGAUUGGUACAAAGGAACUUGGUUUACGUAGGACGGGGAAAUUUGAAAAUAAUAAUAUCCGGGUAAGAUUGGAUAAGGGUGUGGCUAACGGAACUUGGUGGGAUCUCUUCCCUCAUUUUCAGCUCGAUCACCUCUCGCACUUGAUAUCUGAUCACUGCCCUCUGUUACUGAGAACAGAGGCUUUGUUCAAUUCCCAUAGACCCCAUUGGCAUUUUCGUUUUGAGGCUUCUUGGUUAACCGAAGAAUCAUGUGAGCAAGAAGUUAAACGUUUGUGGACAGCGAGUACUGAGAUGUUUUUGGAGAAAUUGAAAGCUGUGAGUUUUGGGUUGGAAACGUGGUUUCGAAAGUUACAAAGGGAGAAAUGGAUUACUGAAAAACAAUUGAAGGAAAGGCUGGAUCAAUUAAAUGAAGCACAGUUGACUGAUGAAGUACUAGGGGAGAUUAUCGAUGUUAAGAUGGCACUUAAUUUAGAAGCUGAUUGUGAAUCAAUUUAUUGGGAACAACGAGCAAGGGCUAAUUGGCUAAAACAUGGGGAUAGAAAUACUACUUUUUUCCAUAAAGUUGCAUCAUGUAAACGACGUCGAAACAUGAUUAUGAAUUUGUGCGAUCGAGAUGGCAAUAUACAGGAUGAGUACGACCAUAUGAGUCGUGUGGAUCAUGACUAG